CAUCGUUUCUCUAUUAACCCUUUAUCUAGCAGUUUAUAGGUAUAUCAAUUUUAUAAUAUGGCUUUUCAAUUACCCGUCGGAAGUCAACUAUCACAGGCUUUCAUCAAGAUCGCAGACGAGUGUAAUAGGCUGGAUACCAUUCCUGCUUUCGACCAAGGCGCUGCUAUUCUACGUACGUUAGAAGAAAUGCAGAAUCGUAUGCAGGAGAUGCAAAGACAGAUGCAGGAGAUGCAAAGACAGAUGCAGGAGAUGCAAAAACAGAUGAGUGAUGUGGAACAGAAGAUCGACAAAGGAUUCGAUGAUCUGGAUAAGAAGAAUGUUAUAUCAAACAACAAUUCCAUCGCCCGUACUCAGAACUCUAUGAUCAGCUUUGCUGAUAGAGAGCUCAGCGGUUUGGUAGAUAUUAAUACAGGCGAAGAUAUUCCGGAUUUUCCCAAUACAGCCACUAUGAUUACUCGUAUGUCAAGUCCAGCUAUCAAUCGAGUGCUUUCAGCACUAGGUCUGAAGACAACAGGAAAUUUGGACCAAAGGCGUAUAAGAAUGAGCGCUGCAAUUGGGUUAAAGAUUGGUGGUGUAUGAUAUUGAUUGCCAAUGGUCUACGCAGGGUAGAUGGGUUAGGAACCCAGCAUGUCAUGGUAUCAAAUAUCGCCGUUAUACAUUUUAAUACCGUACCGUCUACCUGGACUGUACUCAAAGACCAAACCAAACAUAUCGUGCUGGCGCACCAAAUCGCUGCAUCUAUCACCGCCUCUGCAAUUUCCUAUCUCCAAGGGAUCUUUCUCUCUCUCCCUUUGAAAUCCAACCAAUACCUCAGAUUAAGCAUGCAGGAUGAGAGUUCGUGCAGCUUCACGAAACCAAUAAGGAUUUGCGAAUUGCGUCAUGUUAUUCUAAUAAUAAGAGGGCGAUAUGCAUCUGCACCUACUAAGGUGCCCAUCUCCUCUCCCUUGCAUUCGAAGAAUCAUUAGUUUCCGCCCAUUUAUGGAUUUUGAAAGAUGAUCAUUGGUUGCGUGGCCCCAUCCUCCAGAGAGAAAAUAUAUUGCAUUCUGGGGAAAUGAAGAUGGGAACAUGUACAAUGUACUCCACCGUUGUCAUGGGAAAGGUCAAUCACUUUAGGUAGAAGAGAAAAAUAAAAUUACCAUUCAUCAACGUGUCAAACAUCGAAGAGGGUCGAGACUCUGCCGGAUUGUGAGAAUAGAUUAUUUUACCGCCAACCCGUUGUAAGGUUCAAGAGUGUAAACGAAUAAAAUAAACGAGGGAGAGGCCUAGGGAGAUCGAACGGAAGAACAAACGAAGGACAGAAAAGAAAGAAAAAAGAAAAGAAAGACCGAGAAAGACAAUGAAUGAAGGUUAGCUGCUAUAGAUCGAUUAAAAUAGUCAAUUAGCAGAGGCUUGAUUUAUAUCGCUCGUUAAGCUUCAUCAAUUGGAGAUUGUGUCUUUUCUCAAGUCGAUCAUUAUGAUUUUCUAAAGUCGCUUCGAAGGGUCGGAGAGAGAC